CAGCUACCUGCGCCAGCCAUCCUCCUCGCCUGUCAUGCAGCGCGCGGCAAUCCCCUCGGGCAACCCGACGCCCUUCAAGGCGCCCGCGCACAAGCACGCGCACCAUCUGCACUCGAUCCCGCCUCGCGAGAAGUCAACACGAACGCUGAUCAUCGACCACUUGCUCUGGGUGCACGGUCGGACGCGCUUCGCGCAGGCACGCGCGGAGCUUGGUAUGACUGACCGUACAGGGGGCGCGUCCGCGGCGAACCACGCGCACCGCGAGCGUCCGGAGAACUACGAGGAGGAUGAAGAGGCGGCGAGCGAAGGCGAGGACGUGCGCGUGUUGGGCGCGCGCGAAGGUGGGCCCGAGCACACGCACGGGGACGACGAGGAAGACCGGCUGGAGCGCCAGGAGCUCGCGCUCGCGAGGAGUCUACGCCUGCGCGCGGAGAGCGUGGAGAAGGUCGCGACGUCAAUGCUCGACCAACCACCGGAGGUGCGCCCGCUGCACCCGGACGACCUACUUGAGCCCCCGACUUCGCCGUCCCUGCAACCUCAGCAUGCACGGCAAAACCAGCAUACACUCCCGAAUGGGGUGCGGCUCAGGCUUGCGCUCGCCACAGUGAUAAACGACUUGUUCUCCCGCCGUGCACCCGACCUCCCUAGGGGUCCCAAUUCACCUGUCGACCCUUCAAUCCCGACUUCUGCGCUCCUCCCGUCCGUCCUUGUCCCCCUUGCUGCCAUUUCUGACGCUAUCCUUAGCCCGAGCGCACCACGGCCCGCUCGUAAACCCUCGCCCACUGAUUAUAUACGCUCGCUGUACAACAUUGGCACGGAUCCCGAUACCUCCAACUCACCCCCAUCACUGCGUUGUCCACGGCACCUCCACAUGAGCUGCGAGAUCUGCGUCGAAGCCAAAGCACAAUUCAACGUCCGUCCUGGGCCCACGCGCGGGCGCACGAGUACCGCCCGCGCUGGAUCCACCACAGGCAGCAGCCCCGGGGACGCAUCGUCUAUGUCCGCGGCUGUGAUCGCGACCGGAGUGACAGGGUGGCAAGACGGGAGCGGAAUCGGCUCGGGGCUCGCGCGUCCGGGACAGAAGGGCACGGUCCUACGCCGCCCGUCGAUGCCAAACGCAGUCAUCGCUGGCCCAGACGGGCGCGGAAUCCAGACGAUGAACAACACGAAACUCGCGGAGCUCAUCGUGCGUUUCCUACGACUGAGUGCAUUGGUUGCAAUGGAGCUCGGGCGGGAGGCGACCGAGGAUCGCGCAUCGCUAGAUGGCGGCGACCGGCGCGAGGAGGACGGCGCCGGGGCAGGCGGGUCUUCUACGGGAGGCCAGCCACAGACCCCACGGGGGUCCGUCGCGUCGCCGCAGACGUCGCCGCGAGUGUUCGCGCAACGGAACAAUGCCGAUCCGAACUUCUACUCGCUGAAUGCGCUCAGGCCGUCAAGGGAGUGGUACUUCCUCCUCGCUGGGCUGCUCACCCGGGCCGUGCUCGAGGGCUAUCUCACGGCACAGUGGAGGGGCAUCGAGCCGCUCGAGGUGCUGCUGGGCGUCGGCCUUGGGAUCACGCCGACACCUCGGAGGUCGAAUGGGUCGAACAACCGAGAGGGAGAUAGCUCGGGCACUGGGUCCAUCGGGUCGGCAGCCGGUCUGGCGAGCGGUGGGGGUGACCCCGAGUUCAAAGAUUUCAACCCGGACGACCUGCCUGAGCUUGAGGAUGCCGCUCGGAUCCUCUUCCCCUCGCUGCGUGAACCUAUUGGCGGCGGCAAUACCCCUGUGUACUUUGUGCGCGAAGGUGCAGAGCUCGAGUACGAAGUCGAGAUGACGGAAAGGCUUGCCCGGUUCUACGCUGUUCCUGGGUCAACACCAGACGUAGCAACGCACAUGGAGGACCUCGCAUGGCAGUUCCCUGCGGAAGCCGUCGAAAGAGCGGCCGUCCGGUUCUGCGAAGCGAUCGCUCAGUGGCGUGGCAAGCCCGAGCUCGAGACGUACAAGAAAGCGUCCUGGAUCGUUGAUGGCAAAGAUGAGCGGCCGCCCGCUGCGUCGGGGUCAGGUGGGGUGGGGCCGAGCUCGGGGACGGCGGCGAUGUCGAUCGAGUCGCUUGUGCACUCGAACCCGACGAGCCCGUCGACGUCGAACACGCUCCCGACGCCCGUGUCUGCCACCGCAACGGCGCCGGACACGCGGCCGCGCAGGCCUAUGAUCGAUCGUUACUUCACGAUGCCGCCGAGCUUUGCGUUGCAUGGCAGGAAGCGGCGAAGGGAAGACGGGGACCGAGGAGACCGUGACGAUGGGCGGCGAGGGCACAUGCCGUACGCCUGAUCAUGAUCGGUUCGAGGUACGUUGCAGUUUGUGGAGGAGGGUGCGGUCGUCGUCUCGGCGGACACUCGAAUAUACGCGGUAUGGGUUCCCUGUUUAUUAGAUCUGUAUGACGUGUGUUGUAUAUCACCUCGCUUUGCUUUCGCUGUGUCGUCAGGCCUAUGUACCACCGCUCUUCCGCCAAUCAAUUCCGGCAUUCAAGUCUUCUUUUCCUUUCAUCGACGACCUUGCAAUCGAUCCGGUUUUGAAAUCUUGCUAGCUGCGAGCAUCGAAGCAUACGCAGAGAGAAAAUCGGUGUAUGCCAGUCGGCGAGUUGUUGACAGGAGUGUAAGGGAUCCGUGGCCCUAUCGACAAGAUGGUUGCCCAGCUGGACACGGAGCAGGCUCGGGCCGUUUCAAAUCCGAGGGACUCC